CCAAUUGAAAGAGAAAAUGCGUCUGCAAUUUUCAAUUCGGUUAAUGGUGUUUUAAAACAAAAGGACAGUGAUAUAUUUCCCAAUGGAGUUUCAAUAUUUACGGGAUUUAUUCCAAAGGGAACAUUUUUAUAUCACUCAGGAAGGGGAUUUCCAACGAAUCCAGAAUGGAUAGCUUUUGACUAUGAAUUCAGCUAUAAUUUCGGCAGCUAUGGAGAUCAUGAUGAAGAAUUCAAUGGAACUGUAUUAUACACGUUUAUUACCAAGAAAGCAUUAAAUAAAGUUUUGAUUCUUGAUGGAGCAAGUGCAGCAAAGACCACAACAGGUGAAAUGGACAGUCAAGUUUUACUAUCUAAAUUGCCUACCAAUACAUCGGGAUGGAAAGAACGAGAGAUGGCAGAGAGAAUUUGUGAAUGGGGAGAAAAAGAGUUUAAUGGGUUAGAUGGUAUAAUUCGAUUAGAAAUUGGCUUUGAGAUGAUUGUUUGUAAUUUUAAAAGCGACAAGAUUGAGCUAAUAUCGCAGACCAAAUUCAUUGAACCAAAAGAGCUAUUAGAUUUUCCAAUAGACGAAGAAGAGAGAAGGGGAGAAGAAGAAAAAGAAAAAGAAAAAAAAGAGUUUGAAGUUGGAAAAAGAAACGAAUUAUUUGAUGGUGUCAAGUUGAAUGAUACUCGCGAUGAGAUAUACCAGGAAUUGAUUACAAUGGCAGGAUAUGAACAUUAUAAAGCAGGUUCAAUCCAUUACAAUGGAGAUGUUAGAGUGAUGAUUGAUUUUAGAGGGUUUGUAACUGGUAUUAAUAGAGGGUAUUUAAACCCCGAUGAGUAUGUUAGAAGAUUGAAUGAUCUUGAAGAAAAAGAGAGAAAUGAUAUGGUGAAUGAGUUGAGUACAAUUUUAAAGAGAAAUCAAAAUUUAAUUAAUUAUUUAGAUGGAACCAAUUGGCAAACAGUUACCGGUUUAAUUAUUGAGAAAUUUUAUCCCAUUUUAGGAAUAUUGAAUCAAACAUAUGAGAAUUAUUAUGAGAAGACAUCUGGGAUUGAUAUUAAUAAAAUGGAUAUUUUUGCAAGAAAUGUGUCGAAAUACACUUUUAACUUUUACCGAAGAUACAUUGAUUCAAAUAUAAAGGGCCUAGAGACAAGAAGAGCAACUGCAUUGAGAGAUGCAGUGUUUGAUUACUCGCAUCCCUACCAAACCAUUCAAUCUGAAUCAGACCUAUUGAUCUGGUCAUCGAUCAGUGAGAUCAGCAAGUUGAUAAUCAGUGAGGUGUUUUCCAGCUUUGAACUUUCUAAAGAGAUGUUAUGGAGCAGCUACGUCUCAGAAGACCCUGGAAAUCCAGAAAGAUUGCAGAAGUUCAAUGAAAACAUACUUUCGAGCCGGAAAGGCAUGAACAGCUUGUUGAGCCUCUUGAACUGGUCAGCGUACUACCAGUGCGAGCAAAAGUGUCCAUUGAACUCGCUUUGCUUUGUUCCCACCUGGGGGCCCAGUCCCUUGGGC